AUGUCGCUUCGUCGAAAAACGCACUCAAAGUAUGACGAUUACUUUGAAAGGACAAAGGAAUGCGCAAAAUGUCUGAAGUGUAAUAAAGUAAUUAAGCUCUCUCCCCACUCUGGAUCUAAUAAUUUGAAGUAUCACUUGGAGAAGGAACACAUGGAUUUGUUCAAUGAGAUUCGUGAGAACGAUGUUCUAGUCAAAAAAAAAAGAGAAAUGUCGAUUGCUGAAUCUAGAACUCAAUCAACUAUUCCUUUUUUGCCGGUUUCUCGUGUAUCAGUCAAAAUGGCUCCAAGUAAAUCAGGAGGCGACGUUCUGAAUAAUUGGUCUCAAUGGCAGAAAAAUGGCUCACGAUCUGCGGAAGUUGAAGUCAGUUUAAUGGAAAUGAUCGCUCAUGACGUUUUACCGCUUCGUACAAUUGAAAAACCUGGAUUUCUGAAUUUUCUAAAGAUUUUAGCCCCUAAAUUGAGAAGAGCCAUCGCAUUACUUCAAAUCGACAACCCGAAACUGAAUCUCCCAAUAAUUGACUCGAGAGAAUGGGAUGUGAUCGAUUUACUAUGUGAAGUUCUAAAGCCACUAGCUGAAACUACGAAAGCUGUUCAAAGUCGUUUUGAAGCCACAGCUUCUGUUGUAAUUCCUUCGUUAAAACUUCUUGAAUUUAAACUGAAUCGAAUGAAACGAGAAGAAUCUAUUGAUGAAAGAAGAGAAUGUAUUGCAAAAUUGAACAGUACAUUGGCAUUGAGAACUCAACAUCUUCAUUCUGACAGCUUUUUGAGAACGUGCACGUUUCUGGACCCAAGGUUCAAAGAUUCCUUUUUUUCCUUUUCGCAUAAGGAUUACAUCAUCCAAAAGUCAAAAACGGCCACUAAUACAACAUCAGAAAACACGGAUGGAUGCAGUGAUGUUGUUGUCUGCACGGAAGAGUCUCCGCUUACUCUCUAUCAAUCCUUUUUGAAAGAAAAUUCGCCCGAGCCAACAGAUCCUAUUGAAAAAGAUAGUAUCGCAAAGGAAAUCGACGAAUACCUGCAACAUCCACCUUCCCAAGAAACAGACCCAUAUGCGUAUUGGAACAACGCGGAGAAUUUGCCACAUUUGAAAAAAAUGGCUCUUGAAUUUCUGUGCGUUCCUGCUACAUCAUCAGAGUCGGAGAGACUUUUUAGUCUAUCCGGACUAAUUUGUUCUCCUAGAAGAACAAAUCUGACCCCCGAGAGACUUGAUCAACUCACGUUUUGUUCCCAAAAUAUUAAAAUCUUUGGUUUCUCCUCUUAA